AUGGCCAGCGCGGUCCACGACGCUGCGAUCGAGCUGCAAGCGGUGCUUCUAUCUUCAAGACGCCUUCGACAAACAGCGCUCCCGAGUCGACAGCGCUUCGACACGACGAAGCUUGCCCCAGUCUCGUCUGCCCCCGACUUUCUCGAGCUAAGCAGCGACGAAGAGUCCGACGCCGAUGACAACAACACGAGCACUUCCCGAUACGACGAUGAAGAUUAUGGUGCUAUCUCCGAUUGCUCUACGCUGAGCGACUAUGACGAGCCAGAGCCAAGCAAAAAGGAGACGCCUACUGUGGAGCAGCUCACUGUGGUUGCCGACGAGACAGACCUUGCGGCGAAGCUCUAUGCGCGUAUGGUCGAGCUCGACGCUUUAAAAACCGACAUGCUGCAAGCGGUAGCGUCAGCGGUUCAGCGCCUCGACGCCUUUAUCGCAAUCACCACAGAGGGUCCCACGACGUUUAGCAAUUCCUGGGACGGAGCAUUGCCGUUGGGCACGGCGCUGGACCGGCAGCUCGGCGUGUGGGCUCUGGCACUUCACGAGUGGGCUGCUCUACAACGGCGACCUCUAGCACAGAUGAGUACCUCCGUGGCUGUGCAGGCUGAUGUCAGCUCUGAUAACACGCCAAGGGCGCAAAAUGGAUGCGUGCAGUGCUCCGUGCAACCUCUGUACGACCAAGCACCUGCGCACAGCACUAGCGAAUGGAACGAGCGCCUCACGAUGGCCAAAGAAGAAUGUUCAAGUCUGCGCGUACGGUGUGCUGCUCUUUCCAAGCAAGAACGAAUCGAUGCUGAGCACGAGAAGGCGCUCCUCGCGCUUCAA